CCUAAGCAGUGUGCUUCACUGCCAAGAUGACAUUAUGUAAUAAUAAUCAACACGCUCUUGAUGAAAGAUCUCUUUGGGAAUGGGCUGUGGAUGUGUCGAAGGCUUUGUGAUAUUUUGGUUGACCCCAAAGAAGUCAUCAAGGAUGAUUGGAGGACGGUAACACUCAGCUCCUCAUUUGAGAGCAAUGCUGCUGUAGAGCAUCAGGAGUUUCUCCCAGAAGCAAGAAUUUGGAGAUAAGGACCUUAAAAUUGUCUUAGACUUGAAGUUACUCACAUAAGACAUUUAGUCAAAGAUGGGAAAUGGAAUAAAUAAGAUCCUGCCAGAUCUCUAUCUUGGCAACAUUAAAGAUGCACAAGACCGGGAGCUGCUGGCGCAGCACAACAUCACCCACAUCCUCUCUAUUCAUGACACAGCUGCACCCGUCCUAGAGGACAUGACUUAUCUCUGUAUAUCUGCUGCUGACCACUCAAAGCAAAACCUGAUUCAGUACUUCAGAGAGAGCAUCAUGUUCAUCCAUGAGAGUCGGCUGAAAGGAGACGGCUGCCUGGUUCACUGCGUGGCAGGAGUGUCCCGCAGCGUCACCCUGGUGGUGGCUUACAUCAUGACGGUGACCGGACGAGGCUGGGUGGAGUCCCUGGCGGCCGUCAGAGCUGCCCGGCCGUGUGCAGGUCCCAACCUGGGCUUCCUGCGGCAGCUGGAGGAGUUUGAAAACACAGAACUGGCAGAGUAUCGAGCCUGGUGGACGGAGCGGUAUGGGAAGAGCUCCUUUGAUGACGCAGAGGUAGUUCAGAAUCUUUUGAAUAAAAAAUCUAGCAACAACAUUGGCAGCAGCAGCUCUGUACCAACCAACAUCCCUGCAGCUCUUGGAACAAGUCACACCUGAAGACAGACCUUCUGCUCUGAUCUCCCUGGGCCUAAGAACCUGAGGACUGUUGGAAUUGCGUCAGCAGGAACAUUUAUCCGGGCAUUCUAGUGUAUCGAGGAUUGGUUGAAUCUUAUGUUUGCAGAAUGGUUGGGGGAUUUCAGACCUCUGUUGUCAUGUCAUGUCUUGGCCUCUAACUGUCAAAACAACAUGCAAGGGCAGCCAAGCGGGACCACAGGGAAGUAUGUACAUGAAGUCCUGAAUGUGAACACACAUUUAGCAGCGUACACUCCCCCCUGUCAGUUAUGUUAUGCUGUGUCUUGAACUUGAAUUAUGAGUAUUAGUUUCUAUGCAGAGAGUGGAAACUAAAGCACUAUGCAUUUCCCAAUAAAAAUAUCACAAGUUGUGCUUUUUUAUUACUUGCACUAUUCUUGAUGUUAUUUGAACUUAUUUUUAUUUUCUUAUGUACAGCUAACAGUAGCCACUGCAUGAAAUAUGACAUAAAUUUGUAAAUUGUGUAGUUAAACCUCUAUUAAUGUCAAAUUUCAACCAGGAGGUCAUUAUAAUAGAAUGUGGUUCCAAACUUUGAGGAUAAAACCUCCUGACGGAGUUAAUGAGUUAAUUUCCAACAGAUUGAUUCAUAUUUGACUUUUUAGAAGUUACCUACCCUUUGAAGCAUGAGUAUCGGAUAUAUAAUGAAACAACUGUUUUACAGUGACUUACAAAAGGGUUCAUACCCCUAAACCUUCUCACGUUUUGUCAAGUUACACCCACAGGCUUCAGUGUUCAACACAUUCAUCAACACAUAGUAAUGCAUAGUUGUGAAGUGGAAGGAAAAUGAUAGAUGGUUGUUGUUUGUUUUAGAAAUAAAAAUCUGAAAAGAUUUUGCAGGUCAAGAGACUGAGAUUAUUGCCAAAUGUUCUUUAGAAAUUGCCUGAUAUUAGGUGAAGAGUGACUCUGAACAUCAUGCGACAGAUUCUGAGUUUGAUUUUUUUUUUAGGAAUUUUGACAAGGCCAUUCUAACACUUCAAUAAUCUCUGAUGUAAAACAUGAUCAUCUGACUGCCUAGGAUCCUGUCUCCAGUCUCAAGUGUUUUGCAACCUGGAACAGAUGUUCUUCUAUAAUAAUUCCUGUGUUUAACUUCAUCAAUCUUCUCAUCAGGUCUGAUCUUUUUUUCUGUCACUGCUAAAGAAAAGCAUUCCCAUAACAUUAUUCUGCUGCCACCGUCUUUCACUAUGGGUAUCGUGUUUUCAGGGUGAUGUGCAGUGGGGGUUUUUCUUCCCACAUUACAUUUUACAUGUAGGCUGAAAAGUUUCAUUUUGGUCUCACCUGACCAGAGCAUGUUCUUCCACGUUUGCUGUGUGUCCUACAUGGCUUGUGGCAAAAUGCGAAGAAGACAUUUUAUGGCUUUAUUUUAACAAUGACUUCCUUCUUGCCACUCUUGCAUAAAAGACAAAUUUGUGGAGGGCAUGACUAGCAGUUGUCCUGUCAACAUAUUCUCCUAUCUGGGCUAUGAAUGUCUGCAGCUCCCCCAGAGUGACCAUGGGCCACCUGGCUGCUUCUCUGAUUAAUGCUCUCCUUGCCCACCCUAUCAGUUGUACGACUAUGUCUUGGAAGGUAUGCAGUUGUGCCGUACUAUUUCAGUUUCAAAUGAUUAAUCAAACAAUACUCCACAAGAUGUUCACAGCUUGUUUUAUAAUGUAACCCUGCAUUAAACGUCUCCACAACUUUCA